AUGACGCCUGAUGACGAAAAGGAACUACAAGAAGCGGUGAUGGAGUUUCGGAAGCAGAAAAAGAGAAAUGGAAAGGGAGGUUUUGAACACUAUGGAGGAGGAGGCUCUUCUCCGGCUAAUCUGUAUGAGUUUCUCGCUGAUAGGCUAAUGAAGUACUGGGAUGCUGUGACAGGAGUUGUGUUUGGGUCGGAUCACGAGGAGGAAGUUGGUGAAGAUGGUAGUGAAGAAGAGAACAGCGCAUCCUCUGCUGUUGAUUCUGACAACUUGAGUGAAUCGAAUGACGAGACAAUACGACAAGGAGAUGCAGAGGAUACGAGUCUCUUUGAAGAGGACAUGUCUUCCACGAAUGAGGAGUCUACUACGACCAGUUCCAAGAACAACUAUACUACAUCUAGUCAUACUAGAAGUGAGCAAGGACUACAGCACUCUACUGCCAAGAAGAGCUCUUCCAAGAAGGGCAAUCGUCGUAGUGGUGCUAAAAACGGAGGUGGCCUCUCCUCUUCUCGUACUGCUGCAGACCCAGGAACGACUCUAGGGAGAAAAUCUGUCUUCCUCGCCCUCCUCCAACUGCGACCUGGAGUUGCCAUCUAUGCUCGCGGCAACUUUCUUAGUUGUGUCAAACACAUCUUUCGCUUGUAUUUGCCCUUUAUGUUGUCGACGAUUCUAGGUGCGACAUUGUUCCUCUUAGCCCGGACCCCAGGAUUUCAGCCAUUGAUCGGUCGCACGGCCCUAGGACGCAGAGGUUUGGCACUUUUAGUUGGUGCAAUCCCUGAGUUUGCUAUUCUCACGUGGAUUUUCUACAUCACAACGAGUCCAGCUCUGCUGGAUUUGGUUGCGGCUAACGCUAAGAAGGAAGGAGGCUAUGAUGGUGCUAGUGGUAGCUUUAGCAUCUUCUCUUUGAUGCCAGCUCUUUUUGGUACUGGUGGAUCCUCUUUGUCCGUUUCAGCAGACCACUUGAGAGCUGCACUCGCUCAAAUGGCCAACAUCUACCUACCACAGCAGCUGAACAGUUUCUUACAGAACAACCAGUUUUUUGGGGAGUUUUUUUCAUCUGCUAGUGGUAGUCAAGGAGCUGCGAACAAGAGAACACCGAUUGAUGAACAUGGUCGAGUGGAGAAUGACUUCAACCUACUUCUGCUACUCUUUCUAGCCGCGUUUUCGCUUCUGGUAGCCCUCUUUCAGUUCCUGGUUCUGGAAUUUGUGAAUGAAAUCUUGUCGCGGGAAUGGUCUUUGCGGGAACUUCUGAGCGCCAAUAUUUUGAGGAUGAAAAGGUCAGUAGAGGACGACGAUAAAGUUGUGCAGCGACGUGGUAGAGGAGGUGCUGCAACGGCUAUGCUUCUCAUGCCAGAGGACGAGAGAAGGUUAGCACAAGAGAUGAGCGCCAGUACUACUGAUGGAGUCAACAAGAACAAUCUUGGAGCUAGUACCUUAUCUUCUAGUACAUCAUUUUCUAGUAUAUCGUCUUCUAGUACAUUGUCACGUAGAAACCGUACAAGAGAAGGAGAAAGUGCAGGUGAAGAUGAUGAUCAUGACCACGAAGAUGAAGAUGAGGAGCGAGAUGAAGAUGAAAAGCGAGAUGAAGAUGGACAGCAGGAACUAGAGAACACUUCUAGAGUAGAAGAACCGGAUAUAAUCGACUCAAAUGAAGCUCCAGAUUUCUAUGUCACCCGAAUCGACUUGGGUCUGACAAGGUAUUGUCUUCGCAGCGUCCUCCCUUUCACCUUAUUCAGUACCCUUUGGCUCCUGAUAAUCCCGAACGAGGCCGUCUUCACCUUCUUCCUGCUACUACUUUCUCGAGACCCAUUGAUUUACCUGUUGACGCUCUUUCGGACACCUGAGAUCCUGGCUUUUUUGUGGGGGACGUUCGUGCAGGAUGGUGAUGUGAGCAAUGGGGUGUCAGUGCAUCGGGUACCGGGACUGACUUGGGAGUCGUUGCGAUUCUGGGAAAGAAUGGCCUUUUCGAGUGCAGGAGAUUUCUACCCCUCGACGGAAACAUUUUAUGAGAUUGUUAUUGGUUGAAGCAGAUUGAACGAUGUCGUUGAUGAAUCCUGUAGGACGACGGUGCAUGAUGCAAUGUGGUGGUCUUCCCGUCGCUAGUUCUUUGUAACCAUUAUUUGACUUCUCUGAGAUAAACAUCAGACGAAGAGGACGGUUCCUUUCCUCUUUCAUACACCCUGCUACGUGAUUCUUCCUGCGAUAUACGUAGUCGUUCGCCGCUUCUUCGCCUCAGACGCAGAGAGACGGUAUUGGCUAGCCUUGGCCCAAAAUAGCAACCUGCAUCACCCUCUUGCGCGUGCGGAUGUGGUCCUAUAUGCCUUAGCCUACGCUGCACCAGUGUAUGCGCGACAUUGCAUCUAUCGGUUGGAGAAGAUUAUUGUGGGAGCUGCGUCAAGUAUCGUGCUGGCGACGCUGUUUUUGCUCGUCACGGGGUCGCGCACUGUUGCAGGUCGACGAGGAAACAAUAUCUCGACUAUGGUGAAGAAGAAUCAUUGAGAUGAGUGCGGAUGUACGAAAAGAGCAUCAAUUGUACGAGAGCGAAUAU